AUGUCGACGAUAAAUCCUAGACGGACAGCACCGUCUUCACUAGGCCAGAAAGCGCCGAUUCCAUCAUCUUCUCCAGGAUUUGGAACACCAGUGCAUCCCAUCCUCUCACAGCCCAUCAAUGCGAUUCCAGCACCAGCAGCCAUCAAGCCUAUAGUACCGAUUUUGCUCCCGCCAAACCUCCUUCGUCCUGUUGCUGUCCGAGUUUUCACACGUAACCAUGAUCUGAACCUACAAUCUUCUGCCCUCGGCAGUCUUGCGACUUUCAUCGGGCGCCAUUGUGGUCAGGGAUGGCGGGAACAAGGCCUCGCUGAGCGUGUUCUGGAGGAAGUUGCUCGGAGUUGGAAAAAAGCAGGCGGGUCAGUCAUAAUAAAUGGCGACAGUGGUAUGCUCAAGGAUAUUCUAAAAGGUUUAGAAAGCUGCAUGGUUGGCGGUAGAAUCAUUCAAGGGAAGAGUGGCACACCGAGUGUGAGCAGACAAGGAAGCUUUGCAUUUGGUCCAGAUGCAGCUUUGCAUAAUGGCAUAUCCGAAAGACCUGCCAUAGACGAAAGACAGGAUAGCUUUGGCAUGUCAAGUCUUGGGGUGGAAGACAACGAAGACGAGGAAGAUGCUUCAAAAGACCCCCGGGAUUGGCUCAAAGUAAUAGGGGGGUUUGAUCAACCAAGAUUGGUGUACAAUGUUGGCAAAAGACACUUCGAGAAAUCUACUACGAAGCCAUCUCUCCUUGCGCCACCAUCACAUCGAAUUGAAAUGUUCCGUCAGAGGUAUCAUGUAGUUCACCAGCGCAUCCUGCGUAACGAGGCUUUUCAAGUACCGACAUUUUCUGCAAAUACGCACAAGUCUUCAUUACAAAGUGUCGCCUCGAACGGACAGUACAACAAAAUAACACCAAUUGCAAACCUCCUUGGCCGCGGGGGCAGUACGCAUCUUCUAUUCGGACUUUUGACCGUUGCUCCCACAGGCACCCUCGCCCUGUCUGAUUUGACUGGAAGUAUAGCACUAGAUCUCCAGCACGCUCGACCCAUUCCCGAAGACGGCGCUUGGUUUGCCCCUGGGAUGAUGGCGCUAAUUGACGGAUCCUACGAAGAAGAUGACAGCAAUCCAUCAGCAGGUUCGGCCUCAGCACUUGGUGGUACUGGCGGUAUCGGUGGCACAAUUGGUGGCAAGUUUGUCUGUUUCUCUGUUGGUCAUCCGCCGGUCGAACGUCGAAACACUACACUUGGAAUCAAGGACGCAACAGCCGAUGAUGCACUCGCUGGUCCAGCAUUUGGCUGGACAGACUUUCUAGGGGUUGGAUCUGAGCGCGGCAAUGGAUCGCGAAUGCGGCGACUGUGCCAGCGUCUUCUUGCUCCACCCCUGGAAGUAGACUUAGGAACGCCUUCGCCACCAGCUCGCAGCGGUAUAAUAGCCAUUGCAUCAGAACUAAAUCUGGCGGAACCAGCAACAUUAUCUGCUCUACGGACAAUGUUGUCAAGCUACUCAUCUCUACCAGUUCCAUCCUACCCCUUGGCUAUGGUCCUUAUGGGUAAUUUUGCAACAAAUGCUGCACUUUCAGGGGCGUCUGGCAGUGGCAGUAUAGAGUACAAAGAGUCGUUUGACUCUUUGGCCUCCCUUCUGUCAGAGUUUCCUCAAUUGAUAGCGCGAACGACACUGAUUUUUGUGCCUGGAGAUCACGAUGCCUGGGCUUCGGCCCAUUCGGCAGGUGCUGCUGUUCCGUUGCCUAGGAAGGCUAUUCCUGAUAUCUUCACGAGUCGAAUACGUCGUGUUGUAGCAGAGGCUAACAGAGAAGUGCACGGUGUAGCAGCUAACCGCAAGGGCAUCAAAGAAGGAGAGGCGAUAUGGACCACAAAUCCAUCGCGCUUGAGUUGGUUUGGUGUUGCGGGUGAAAUGGUGCUACUACGAGAUGAUAUGUUGGGCAGACUUCGUCGCACGGCUAUUAGGUUCAACGAACGAGAUGACGAAGCCGAAGGCGAAGAAAACGUGGCGGCAACCCAGACAAGAAACGCAGAGUACUCGAUGUCUGGUGGACUGCCCUCGUCCCCUCCAAGGCAAGCGACACAGGACGCCCAGUCUAUGGAAGUAGACGUCACGGGCGAUGAGGCAUCUACGAAUCCUUUGGACUCAGGAGUUGAUCCACACGUUCAGACUGCCCGGGCGCUUGCUUUCACUUUGCUCUCGCAAUCCCACCUUUCGCCGUUUCCAAUGUCUGUUCGACCUCAGCACUGGUCAUACGGCUCAGCGCUGUCUCUGUACCCACUACCGAAUGUGCUUGUAAUUGCAGACUCUGAAGCCCCGCCAUUUGCACUGAGCUAUGCAGGUUGUGCUGUGCUCAACCCUGGACGCUGUGCCAGAGAUACCAGCGCGAGGAAAGGCAACAAAGGGGCAAGAUGGGUCGAGUGGGAUAUAGGGGGCAGUGGUGGCAGAGUAAGAGAAGAAGGAUGA